AUGCAGAAUCUACUCUCCAUGGCAAGUAGAGAAUUGAAGAUGAAGGAUCCAGUGGUUGAAGAAUCUGAUUCUUUUGUUCAGAUUGGUUUUAACGAAGGCAAAGAGGAAACCACAGAGCAUUACCGUGCUCUCCUACGUAUUUACAAGGAGUUUAAUGAAGGUGUUAAGGCAAAACAUGUGUACGAGGUUGAGGUUGAAAAGCUUGAAGCGAAGAUUAAGGUACUUAACAAACUGGAGAAGGUCUAUGGCCUGAUUAAGGAGAAAGAAAAGCUUGAAGAAGAGCUCAUCCCUUCACAAGAAAGGUUGGCUGAGGUGAAAGUGCCAAAUCCCGAUUGGUACAAGUUGGGUGAAUCCUGGUUGGAGAAUAGAUCUCCCUUCUAA